AUGGCUACUUCUCACAAAGGGUUGUUUCUAAAUCAAAGAAAGUAUGUUCUUGAUCUGUUGAAAGAGUCAGAAUUUUGGGAUAGCAAGCCAGCUAGCACUCCCCUGGACAGCAAGCUUCAGUUUGAAACUUCAAGUGCUUUUCUCUCUGAUGUGACAUCCUAUCAAAGGCUGGUUGGUAAGUUAAUCUACCUUACAAUUACUCGUCCAGACAUUACCUAUGCUGUGAGUAUUGUUAGCCAGUUUAUGCAAGCUCCUACUCAAGCUCAUCUUCACAUUGUUAAGAGGAUUCUUCGUUAUCUUAAAGGCUCUGCUGGUAGAGGUAUUUUGUUGAAGAACAAUGGCAAUACUAACAUCAUGGGGUAUACUGAUGCGGAUUGGGCUGGUAACUCCCUUGAUCGAAAGUCUACUACUGGUUUUUGCACCUUUGUUGGGGGAAAUCUAGUUACAUGGAAGAGUAAGAAGCAAACGGUUGUGGCUCGUUCUAGCGCAGAAGCUGAAUAUAGGGCAAUGGCUGCUACUGCUUGUGAGCUUAUUUGGCUGAAGGGUUUGCUCUCUGAUUUGGGAUCCCCUUGUAGUCAACCAAUCUCUCUCUAUUGUGAUAAUCAAGCUGCCAUGCACAUUGCUUCCAAUCCUGUUUUUCAUGAAAGGACCAAGCACAUCGAAGUUGAUUGUCAUUAUAUUUGA